AUGGGCGUCUCGAUAGGCUCCAGGCUUUCAUUCGAUGGUGCACUUUGUACAGUUCGCUAUAUUGGCGAAGUCCAAGGGACGAAAGGGCAGUGGCUGGGUGUAGAGUGGGAUGAUUCUACCAGAGGCAAACAUUCAGGAGAGCAUCAAGGGGUGAAAUAUUUUCAAUGCAAAAGCAAACAUCCGACAGCAGGCUCUUUUAUACGCCCAACGAGACUGGCUGAUCGACCUCUGAGCUUCCUACAAGCCGCGAAUGAAAAAUAUGUUUCAGAAAUUGAAACUGUGCCCUCUGGCCAUGGGAACCUACCAUCGUCCACGCCGAUUGAGAUCAGCGGCAAAAUCGUUGAAGAAGUAGGAUUUGACAAAAUCCGCAAACUACUUGCAGAACUUCAGGAGCUUCGGAUUGUUCUUCUUGAUGGCAUGCGUGUUCAUGGCGUAUUAGCUGGCGAAGGAAGCCAAGAGGAAUAUGAAAAUGAGCUUGAAAGCAUUGCGAGGACUUGUCCGAAAAUUGUUGAGCUGGAUCUCAGCCGCAAUGUCCUUCGAAAAUGGGCUGAUGUAGCAGCUAUUUGUGGUCAGCUUAAACUUUUGAGGAUCUUAAAACUAAACGGGAAUCGUUUUGAUGAAAUUGACGAAAGUGUAACACUUGACGGUAUAUCCGAGUUAUCACUGGACGAAACGCUUAUAGAAUGGAAGGAGGCCGCCGCUGUAUCGAAACGGUUUCCGUCUUUACGCUCGUUAUCACUCUCGGGAAAUGAGUUCACGUCUCUUUCCUAUCCCAUAUCAGGCAGAAUCCAGGAGCUUACAUUGGAGUAUAAUGGCUUCGAAUCUAUUCAUUCCAUCCGGAAUUUGACCUCUCUACCGGAGCUAAAACGGUUAUCACUUCGUGGAAAUAGGAUUAGCAGGGUGGGAUCUAAAAAUCCGGCAAUGAUUGCACACGAAACUGAGGUCAUUUUUUCACCAAUUCUCACUUCUGUUGAUAUAUCCUUUAAUAAAAUAAAUUCCUGGAAAUUUAUCAACAUGCUUCCUAAAGUGUUCCCUGGGCUCACUACUCUUCGAGUUUCCGAUAAUCCGCUCUACGACCAGCCGCCCGCGCCUUCGCGCAUAACAAAUAUGCCCGAAUAUCCAAUGACCGUCGAUGAAGCAUACAUGCUCACCCUUGCCCACGUCUCUCAGCUCGAGACCCUAAACUACGGUACAAUCACAGACCAGGAUCGCAAUAACGGAGAGUUAUACUACCUCUCCCUGAUCCGGAAAGAGCUAGCCGCAUCGCCACAAAGUGAAGAAAAGCGCAUCCUAGAAUCACACCCGCGAUACAAAGAACUAUGCGAUAUUUAUGGAGAGGUCGAAAUAAAGAGGGAGACAGACGGCUCUGGAAGCGGGAUACACCCUCGAUCUCUCGCCGCUCGACUCGUCACAUUUAACUUCUACCUAGUUGACCACCAAAACCAAAAACCAUUCUCACAGAAACCAGACGCGAUCAUUAGUCCUAAGUACAACACCGAAAUUCCAAAAUCGUUCGACGUUUACCGCAUCAAAGCCAUCGUCGCACGAAACUUCUCACUAACUCCGCUCCGCUUCAAACUAGUAUGGGAAACAGACGAGUGGGACCCGAUCGAAGAAUCCAGGGCUGAAGACGAUGAAUGGGAUAGCAGUGAUGAGAGUGAUGAACCCAGUCGACAACUCGAGAGUUCAGCCUUGAAACAAGAAGAUGGCACGAGGCUCGUGCGGCGUGAGGAGGAGCUGGUAGACUCUACGAGAGAGGUUGGGUUCUGGUUUACGGACGAGACUCGACAUGUUAAGGUGCGGGUUGAGUUAUUCUAG